AUGAACGUGGUAUUUGCUGUGAAACAGUACAUUUCCAAAAUGAUAGAGGACAGUGGACCGGGUAGGAAAGUACUCCUCACGGAUAAAGAGACGACUGGCAUAGUGAGUAUGGUAUACACACAAUCAGAGAUUCUUCAGAAGGAAGUGUACCUUUUUGAAUGCAUUGAUUAUCAAAAUCGAGAGAUCAUGAAACACCUGAAAGCAAUUUGUUGUCUUCGUCCUACGAAGGAGAAUGUGGAUUAUCUGACUCAAGAGCUCCAGAGACCAAAAUACAGUAUAUAUUUUAUUUAUCUCAGUAAUGUGAUCAGCAAGAGUGAUGUGAGGUCAUUAGCUGAAGCUGAUGAACAGGAGGUUGUGGCUGAGGUUCAGGAAUUUUAUGGUGAUUAAAUUGCUGUGAAUCCACAUUUGUUUUCCCUCAAUAAUUUGGGUUGCUGCCAGGGUCAAAAUUGGGAUCCAGCCCAGCUAUCCAGAACAACUCAAGGACUGACAGCUCUCCUUUUAUCUCUGAAGAAAUGUCCCAUGAUUCGCUACCAGGUUUCAUCAGAAGCAGCAAAAAGACUUGCAGAAUGUGUUAAGCAGGUAAUAACUAAAGAAUAUGAGCUGUUUGAAUGCACUGAGGUGCCUCCAUUGCUGCUUAUUUUAGAUUGUUGCGAUGAUGCCAUCACCCCGUUGCUAAACCAGUGGAUAUAUCAGGCCAUGGUCCAUGAACUACUGGGCAUAAACAACAAUCGGAUUGAUCUUUCCAGAGUGCCAGGGAUCAGUAAAGACUUAAGAGAGGUGGUCCUAUCUGCUGAAAAUGAUGAAUUCUAUGCUAACAAUAUGUACCUGAACUUUGCUGAGACUGGUAGCAAUAUAAAGAAUCUCAUGGAAGACUUUCAGAAGAAGAAACCAAAAGAACAGCAAAAACUAGAAUCAAUAGCAGACAUGAAGGUUUUUGUUGAGAAUUACCCACAGUUUAAGAAGAUGUCUGGGACUGUAUUAAAGCAUGUGACAGUGGUUGGAGAGCUGUCUCCGUUGGUCAGUGAGCAGAAUCUGCUGGAGGUUUCAGGAGUUGAGCAAGAACUGGCCUGUCAAAAUGACCAUUCUAGUGCUCUCUGGAAUGUAAAGAGGCUCCUGCAGAACCCCAAAGUGACAGAGUUUGAUGCUGCCUGCCUGGUGAUGCUUUAUGCUCUACAUUAUGAGCAACACAGCAGCAAUAGCCUACCAGGACUAAUGAUGGACCUCAGGAAUAAAGGUGUUUCUGAGAAGUAUCGAAAGCUUGUGUCUGCAAUAGUUGAAUAUGGUGGUAAACGGGUCAGAGGAAGUGACCUUUUCAGCCCCAAAGAUUCUGUGGCUAUUACCAAACAGUUCCUCAAAGGAUUGAAGGGAGUAGAAAAUGUGUAUACUCAACAUCAACCUUUCCUACAUGAGACCCUGGACCAUCUCAUCAAAGGAAAGUUUAAGGAAAACGUGUACCCUUAUCUAGGCCCCAGCACACUCAGAGAUAGACCUCAGGAUAUCAUUGUGUUUGUAAUUGGAGGAGCCACCUAUGAAGAGGCUCUAACAGUUUAUAACCUGAACCAUACCACUCCUGGAGUGAGGUUUGUCCUUGGAGGAACCACAGUGCAUAACACAAAAAGCUUCCUAGAAGUAGUUCUGGCUUCUGGACUGCACAGCCGAAGCAGGGAAAGCUCUCAAUUUACAUCGAGGCCAGCAAGCAGAAGAUGA